UGGUGGCGUAGCGUCUAGAGACGAGGGAUCUGCAAGCGGCCUGCCUGUUGAAUGGUCGAUUAUAGUUUGCUUCUCUCUCUUUGCUUUAUAGUUUUAGGAAUGUAAAACGGCAGAUAUUUUGAAACAGUUUAGAAUGAAAAGCUAACUUUGCUACUGCAGCUGUUUCACUGACAGAAAUGCCCGGUAAACGAGUGUCUCGAGCUUAACGUCAAAACAGGACUGUCAACAGCAAGAAGUGCCGAGAACUUAUUUUCCACCAUGUUAAAAUUCAGUUUCAGGAGGGAUAAAGACAAGGAGUUUAAGCAUAUAGCUCAUGGUUUGAUCCCUGCUGCCUCCAUUGCCCCCAAGGCUGCUGUGCCUCGUACCCCACCCCCACGCAGCCCCAACCCCUCACCUGAGAGACCCAGAUCAGCCUUAGCAGCGGCCAUCUUGUCUUCUUCGCUCACCGGACAAACAUGGGCCAUACCACCUGUGCGACCGAGGUCUUUCUCUGAGAGUGAUCGAUCCGAGUCCUUCAUAUCUGAACCAAACUUCAGCUCAACACUUUACACCCGAGACAGAUGGUCAGAAGAUUUGGCUGACCGGCCACGUCUGUCCUCUCCUGACCACUCUGAAGGGGAGUUGGAAGACAAGGAAGAGGAAGAGGAGGAGAAUGAAGAGAGCAGGGAGGAACAUGUCUACCAAAGUCUGGACAGACAGGAGAAUUGUUCAGUCACAGAACCUGUCUAUGCCCUGCCUCUAAAACUUCAGACCAGUACACCCCUGCAGACUCAGAUAUCUGGCAGAAGAGUGCCUUCUCCAGAUUUCACUGAGGAAACUAAUGUCCAUUCUCCUGAAGCCAGCUGUGUUUCGUCUAAGAAGAAAGCCUCUGUCAGGAAGAGCUCUGGAAAUCGAAUGGAAGAUGUGCCAUCCAACUUAACCAGCAACCACCCCAGCCAAUCCAGCCAAGCCAAAAACCCAAACUAUCACACCCAGCCAUCUCCAGAGCCCAGCACGGCCAACGGUUACAUGCAGAGGGACGAAGUGCGAGUCCUGACUGAGAAGAACACAAGGAUGGUGGAGGAACAAAGACUGCUGGAGGAGAGACUGCAACGCCUUGAACAGGAGCUCAGUCAGAGCCAGGCCUCCUCAAACAUGAGGUUCUCUGCAGGCAGCCAGGCAGAGCUACAGAAUUUAAGGCAACAUGCUCAAGAGCUGGUGGAUGAGAAUGACGCCCUUAAAAUGACAGUUCAUCGUCUGAAUGUGGAGCUGAGCCGCUACCAAACCCGCUUCAGACCAUUGUCCAAACAGGAGAUCUCCAGAAUCAGUGGCUUACCAAAGACGGGAUCUCCUCCUCCCUGGCUGCUGGACAUGAAGUAUUUAUCUCCUCUGCUGCUGGCUUAUGAAGACAGGAUGAAUGAGAAAGAUGUACUUCUGCAAACCACAGAGGAGGAGGUGAAGAGAAUGCGUGUUCAUGUAGAGGAGGUGAUCAAAGAAAAUGAGAGACUCCAUGAUGAAAUUGGAAAGCUCGGAGGGGUCAGCCAGAAGGACUGUCAUCAACUGCAACAGCAGGCCUUUCUGGUUCUGCAGGAGAACCAGGUUCUGAUUGAUCAGCUUGAGGCACAGCAUGUUAAGGCCAAGGCCAAUCACAGCAGACACCACUCUGAAGUAUCCAAAGUGUCCAAGCAACUGAUGUUGCUAGAGGCAGAAAAGCAGCAUUUGCAGGAGGACCUGGAGGAGAGCAAGAGGGCAAUGCAGAAAAAUAUGAGGGAGGUGCAAGUGCUGCAGGGCCGCCUGAAGGAUGCCGUCACCUGGGAUGAACAUUGCAACAUUGCUGGGAAACUCAGACGGCAACUGGAGCAGCAGGAGAGCAAGAAUAGGAGUGAAAUGGACGAGCUGCUUCUCAGACUGUCCAGCUUGCAAGAGGAGAAUAGAAGUCUGGCUCUUGACAAAGCCAACCUGAGUGCUGACAUGAAGAGAAUGGAGGCUGAGCUGGAGCUCGCCAGACAAGCUAACAGGAAGGCCGAGAGGAGGAUGAGUGUAUUGAAGCAACAGAGGGAAGAAUCUGUGCUGAAAGAGGAAAAGACUCGACAUUACCUGGGAGCUGUCAUUUCUGUAGCGGAGCAUAUUUCCCAGGAGAGGGACCAACUAUUGCAAAUGGCUUCGGUUAUUCAGCAAGAAAAGCAGGGAUUCAUCAGCAGGAUUCUGAAUGGCACAGUUCGAUUCGGAAAACUACAGGAGGAGGUCAAAGUGUACCGGAGGCAGGCGUCAACCAGACUGGCAGCGUUGGAGGAGGCAGCGGAGGGGAGAACAGCUUCUUACCAGAGGGAGAUCCUUCACCUGCAGAGGCUGCUAAGAGAAAGACAGGAGGCUGAGGAGAGACUACUGCAGUCCAAACGGGAUAUAGAGGAGGAGCUGGAGGUGGUGUGGCAGGCAGCAUCCAGAGAGAACCAGCAGAUGAAAGAGACUCUUUUGGACUCAAGGCUCACCGGGGACCUCCAUGGUUGGGCCUUUUCCAACAGCACCUCUCCUGGCUGGCCUUCUCAGGCCCCAGAUGAGAGCACCACAUCUACCUAGCAUCAUCCACAUCAUCCCUCAUGUUCACCUCUCAUCAAAGCCCUGGGCUCCAGAGAAGGUCCGUACUUAAAUCUGACUCAGAUCACCAAAACAACUCCUUGGACGAGAAGCACAAGCAUGGGCUGAAUUUCUAUUGCUAAAACUCUUGGAGCCAUAACCCACAGGUGUGCCUGUCCAUUCAUACUGGCACAAUAGACAUGUUAUGUUUCUGUAGAUGAGUUAGAGUCAAAAUAUCAACCUGCAGGCUUCUGCCUGCUUGACUUUGCUUCUCAGAUAAAAUCAUUGUAAACUUGCACCAUCCUUUGUAACCAAUAAACUGUUAUAACUACAUUGUAAUCACAUCUAUCUGAUGAUAGCUGAAAUCUCUCUGUGGAAGCCAGCAUGUACAGUUAAAGGGAGACAACAGUAAUCUGAGGAAGCUCAUUUAAUACAUUUUUGUGCUGUAAGUAAAUUUGGUUUGGACAUUGCAGUGAACAGAGUGGCCAAAGAGGUGACAUUGGACUGUGCAGUCAGAAAAACUCCACUUCUUGAACAGUGUGAUAUCCAAAGAGUUUUGUAAUUUGUUAAAAAAAACUUUCUUUUAAAACAGUCUCAGGGUUUUACAGACUAUGCCAAAUAAGUCGGACUGUUGAGCUUGAUGAGGGCUCUCCUUUCCCAGAGAAUGUAGCCAAUGUUGCCAUCUGCUGGACCCACGUGGUAAUAUAAUUGUUACAACAUUGUAGCAACACUACAUGGUACAGACAUGGAGAAGCAACAGGUACACUAAAUCACUGUUUGUGUUUGUGUUCUAAAUCCAGGGGUCAAGUAAAACAGAAGACAUCCACAGACUUUAAACCUUUUAACCACAGGAAAUCAAACUGACUGUAUGUUUAAAAUGACCAAAAGAAUAUUGAGGGAUUUAUCAAGAGGAGAUACUGUUGAUUAUAUUUGCUUUGUCAGAAAUAAAUGUAGACUGAAGAGUAAAAGUGUUAACGGAAAAUAAGUGUUUAUACACUUAGAGAUGAACAUAUUUAGCUCUAUUUUCAUACAAUUAUUUCCUUUAUUAACUAUUGUGUUAAUACUGUAUUUUGUGACAUCCUAAAUUUAAGUUUAUUUGAUAAAUGAAUCUGCUUUAGACACAGUAGUGUAGUAACUAUCUUGCUACUGUGUAAACAAUAAAGCAGAUUUUCCCAGA